CAACUACUCAAGAGUGAAGACAAAUUAUAAAAAAGAUCCUAUCGUCAUUGUGUAGACUUGUUAGAGAGAAGUGUAUAAUUUUGUGAAUAUUAAUGUUAUUACGUAAAUUGUUUUCCAUGAAGCUACCAAAAUGACUUCGCCAAAAACCGAUUCUUUCAAAGAUACAGUGACCGUGCUUAUUAACGCUUUAGGAGAUAAUGAUAAUUCUGUUAACAACGUUGUAAUAAAAUCCCUUGCAAAGAUAGCCAAUGUUUAUCCAAAUGAAGUUAUCGAAAUAUUUUGCGAGUUUUAUCAGAACACGGUUAAAUCGAACCUUAUACAGUUAGGAAACAUUGUUAAAGUCUUAGAACAGACAUGUGUAAACCAAGUGAAGAAAUUAGAUCAGAAGGUAGCAGGAGAACUUGUCAAUUCAAUGCUGCGAGCAAUGACAGAGAAUACCACUUAUGAACCAGUAGUCCAAUUGGGUGCAUCGUCUGUUUUAGUAGCUAUUGGCCAUGAGUACUUGGAUUUGGUACUACGAUCUCUCAUUAAUCAAAUGACCCCAGCAUCAGUUCCUCAUUACACAAUAGCCCACACGCUGGGCACCCUGGCAGCGGUCAACACGCAUGGAGUGGUGCCGCACGUCAAGGAGAUCCUUGGCAAAAUGCUACCGUUACUUCCUUUGGUCAAACAGGAUGGCGUAAAACAAGCUUUCGCUUAUGCAUUUGGUCAUUUUGCCGUCGCCGUGUCUGAACAAAUAGGUGAUAAUGUCGAAAACGACAAUAUAACGUCGAUAAAGGAUAAUUUUGUCACGGAAUUCACGAUCGUAUUUGACGUGCUGUACAACCAGUGGCUACCGUCUCACGAGCCGAAAGUAUCAGAAUCAGUACUCGAAGCUCUCGGGCCCAUCACUAGACUCAUUUCUGAGAGACAAUUUAAUGAAACUGUCAAUAAAUUUGUACUUUCCCUUCUAUCUUUAUAUCGCAAACCGGCGAUAAAUUUCUACUGCAUUAGUCAGUGCAUAUCUUAUUUAUUGUCUCCAUCGCCCUUAAACCCAAAACUGUCCCUGAACGAUAACGUGAUAAAUUCAAUCAACAAUGUUCUAUUUAACUUGGUUCUUUUAGAGCCAGAUUACGAUCAACCACAUACGGUCAAAAAUCACUUCGAAGUACUGCGUUGUUUUGACCAUAUGGCAGGACAGUUUCCCGACCAAACAGUCGAAACCUUGCUGCACCAUUGUAAAAAUAACCAAGAAAAAGAAAGAAUGAAAGCUGUCAUAAUUUUAACUCAUCUGACAACAUCGUCUCAAGUUUUCAUCGAUAAUUUUGCAUCGAAGUUCACAACUAUUUUGAAAGUAAUGGUUGUAAUGGAACAAGGAGUCAAAAUGAAAAAAUUGCUCGUCAAAGCGAUAGUUGGACUUGUAUACAGAAAUUGUAUAAUGGCUGCUGAGGAUUUUUCUAUGGUUGAGUUUAUAAUAAAACAUUGUGGUUACGAAGCUCCGCCGACUGUUUCGAAAUCAGACGUACUAGAUUUGCAUGAUACCUGUAAAAGUUCACUUAUACUUAUGUGUAAUACGGUAACGAGUGUGAGGUCGCAAUUGCGUAAUUUGCUACUGUACUCCCUUACCGUCGAUGAAUUUACUUCAUCUAUGUCGACGGUGAGUCAUUGUCUGACCUCUUUGCUGCAAAAUAAUUCAGACGUCACGACCGACGACCAGUUUAAUAAGCUUACUGAUAUGGUAUGCUCUCCGGAUCUUGUUUUUGUACGAUGCAUCACACACGUAGUUGAUCCAGACCAAAGAGAUUUGAAUAAGAAUUUGCUUCUAUUUCUCGAAGAAUUUUCCGGAGACGUGCAUAAGAAUUUGAAAAAUUCUUGGAGUAUAGAAAUCCAGAGAUUAUUGAAAUUUGUCGAAAAGAACGAAUCGAAAGAGCAAUGGCAUGGAAUGUUGUUAGAUCUCAUGAUUUCUGCGGUGGAACAGGUUAAUAGCAACAAGUGGGUGGAAACAAUAUCAACUUUAAUAUCUCAGCAAAUACUUUCUAAGAAACAGUCGCCGAUGAUUAAAGGCGUAUCACUUCAAUAUUUAGCCAUACUCUCAUGUCACAUGUCAAAUGCCGCCGUAGUGGAGACAGUGCUUAAAAUAAUACUAUUCGCUCUAAAAUCUAUUCCUAUGGAAAGCGUUGAUUACGUCAGCAAAGCAGUGGGCAUUGCGUCGCGAGAACACGGUGAAUUCGUUCUCAAUGAAUUGGAUGCAACGUAUAAAGAAAAUGAAGCUAGACGAGGCAAUAAAUUGCUCAAUUUCUUAUCGUCCAGAUCAUCAAAAACUGAAGUUGAAUUAUCAGCAGUCAAAUACGCAGUUAUAACAUGCUAUGGAAAAGUCGCCUGUGAUUGUCUCGACGUCCAUGUGUUAGCUAGGUUAGGGGAAAAUGUCACAUCAAUAUUAUUUGAAAUUCUGAAAUCUAAUCCGCCUUACGACCUAUGCAAAGCUAGUGUUACAACUUUAUACGAGAUAGGUAAAGCUCUACAUCCAGCUGCUCAUCAUAACGUUGCUUUGAGAAAUCGCUGGCAAUUAUUGAACGCUGUGUUAGAACAAAUAUAUAAUGCGAAUCUGGAUAAAAGAAACGUAGAACUAUAUCCAAUUAUUGUAAAAGCGUCGAAAGCCCUGACAAAGUUACAAAAAGGUAUCUUGCCCGAAGAAAGGAAUACUAUCCUGAGAGUUUUAUUUAACAGCAUCUUUGGGGAACUCUCGUCUUUUAAAAGAAAGUACGAGAUAGAAGGGAAUGGCGAUAAAAAUGACUUAUUAGCGAAAACCUUAAACGACUCAUUGUCUCUUUUGCACGACUUAAUUAGAGAGUUGAUUAUCCAAUCAACCUGCUUAAGCACGAUCGAUGAUAUCGUUAGCUUAUUAAUUGAAUGGAUGCGUCACGACAACGACGAGAUUCGUACAGCUGCUGUAUUAAUCAUGCAAGUAGUGUUAGAUGCAUAUAUAAAAAACGUAAAACUCAAUUAUGAAACGCCGAGCAAAUUUGGACAGAUGGGCUAUUUGCUGGGUCUAAUUGUACCCGGCGUCGCUGACACGAACUUUCCAGUUAGGUUAACAACAGUCGAUUGUAUAAAAAUAAUAAUUCAGAUACAAGAUUUGUAUGAAGGUCACACGAUUGAGCCCAAUGACGAAUGCAUGUCGAACCUGUCCCAGCUACAGAAUAAUAUAUUGACUAAUGACUUAAACAUGAUAAGUGAUUAUUGUACUAAAUUGUGCGAUACUAUAUGGUCCAAAAUACCACAUUUACAUACUAUGCAAUUCAUAGAAAGUCUCCUAGAAGGAUACGAUAAUCAAGAAUUUAGAAGCGUUGGGAUAAGUUCGGUUUUGGAUGCAUUUAUCGUAAAGAAGGGUCAGGAUUUAUUCCAAAGCAUAGAACGGAUAGUCGAAGUGUUACUCAUGACGAUGGAUGAAGUGGUUGAUGAUGCUAGGAUGAGACUUAUGAGGCCGCUGACGUCAUUGACACGUCACCAUUCAAAUGCCGUCACCGCUGUUCUGCUUGCACAAAAGCUCCCACUGAAAUCAUGCGUUGUAUCUUGCUGGCGGUUCUUGGCUAGAGACGAAAGUCUAUCUACUGUCAUUGUAGAUAACUUCCUACGUCUGAUGACCUCAAUUGAACUUUACGAGGAUCCUUACCACAUCACUGAAAAUCACAUUGCUGCGUUACAGCCUCUGACUCUCAUUAGCGCUCUUGGUGAGAUGUUACAAGAGGAAGCCAUGAGACCAAUAUGUAUCGCUAAGUUCCCUGACCUCUUCGCUGUCUUGUACACGACACUAGCGUGCUACAUGGAGGCAGAGCCGCCCGCAUACUCCUUACCACAGAAUAGAGCACAGGAGAGGUUCGGCUUUGUGCCCAACAGGGAAUCCAUCAAGUUGUCUCCCGCUAAGAUAACCAUCAACACCUUUAACGCGUUUUUGGAACGCGCUGAUUGUUAUAAGGUGAAGGAAGCGUGCUCGCUGUGCCUGACGGUGGAGCACGGAGACAGCUCAAGCACGCUACUGGAGCUGGCGCCGCUGCUGGGCGGAGCACUGAGCCGGGCGCUGCCGGCGCAGCUGCAGCGCGUGUCGGUGCGCGUGGCGCACUACGCGCGCUCCACUCUGCCGCCGCAGCGGUGCGCCGCGCUCGCCUUACUGGCGGACUUACUCAACUACCGCUGCAACGACAACCCGGUGCUGAUCGAGUGCGUGCUGUCGUCGCUGAGCACGGGCUGGAAGGACGAGCACGUGCGCGUGCGCGCGGCGUGCCUGCGCGGCGCCGCCAACGUGUGCCGCCUGCGCGAGCCGGCGCGCGCGCAGGCGCUGCCCGCCGCGCUCGCCGCGCUCAGCCAGGGCGUCGACGCGCAGCAGAUGCCAUCUCCAUUCGAAAACGUUCCCCUCGCCGCUAUCCAAGGCCUUAGCCGUCUCAUCACAGAAACGGACAAACUCGACCAAGAGUUCGACAGAGAACUGCUCUCGAUAUCGCAAAAAAUACGCCCGUUCAUGAACACGGACUGCGCGCUACUGAGAGAGCACUCCAUACGACUGUUCGGUAUCAUCGCGGGUCGGGUGCAGUCGGAGGCGCUCGUGGAACAGGCCGUGGCGUCUCUGCCGUGCUUCCUGCUGCACCUGUGUGAUAAUAACCCUUCUGUGGUGAGGGCGAGUAAAUUCACACUACGUCAAGUUUUCAAAACGUUCAACGUAAAGAAAUCCAACGAUUUCGUCCAAACUCACCUUUUGGACGAGGGUCGGUUGUACUUGGACGAGUUCCUGACAGCCCUUGUGCGCCAGCUCGCAGACGAGAUGCCGUCCUCCGUUGUCAAGUGCCUGCAGACUGCCGUGAACUAUUUGCAUUGUGCUAGAGAGGAGAUCAAACCCCAUCCGCCAUUGUUGUUGGGUAUCCUGUACGCGGAGCUGUACCGCAUCCGCGACAAGCACCCGGAGGAGACGCGGCUGGACGGCGCCGUGUCGCGCGGCGCGCGCGCGCGGCUGCUGGUGCUGGCGCGCGACGCCGACGCGCGCGUGCGCGCCGCCGCCGCGCUGGCGCUCGCCAACCUGUGCCUCGCCGCCGCGCCCGACGGGUGACGCCCGCGCCGCGCGCAGCUGCACGACGACCGCCUGAGGAUUGUGCGCCUCCAGUGGUAGGUCGCCGGCUUUCGAUCCGAUUUAUCGGAUCGGAUUAGAUGUAAGUUUCGUCUGUGUUGAUAAAGAUAUUGCGUUAGGUUUCCAUUGAACGGUUGUCAAUUUCCGUGUUGGCAACUUUUAUUGUUCUGCAGAAAAUUAUCAACAAUUAAAGCAAUAUUUUUGACGACUGAGGUUAACGCAUAGAAGUCGGCGACCUUAGUCUCAUGGUAUAACGCGCACUACACGGGGUGGUAAUCUUAAAUUAAUUGAAACAUUUUUUCUCUCGUAGGAAUCAUUGAAUAUUCAUCACGUUCGACGCCCUAUGUGUUCCAAUAAAUGCAACACAUAGACCGUUGAACGUGAUUCUCGUGUAGUGACGUCGUGAUCGAAAAUCGAUGAGACUAAUUCAUACUAAAUAGAGCCUUAUAAUGUUAAUUAUGAAUAAAAUGAACGUUACUAAUAAGAGUGUAAUCUAUUCCAUAAUAUUACCAUUAUUAUAAGUGAAUAAAAAUAUAUAGUAAGAUGAGUUAUAGCUUCGAGUUUUAUUAUAUUGUAGAAGUUAAUGCGUAUAGUCAUAGUGUAAGUUAUAUUUUAAUAUAUAUAUACGAAGUUUGAUCGCUUGUUCAAUUAGCUUCUGCUAUAAAUAAAAAAUAAAAGUUUAUAAAAGUGAAAAAUUAGAUUUAGCAUCAGCCUGUAUAAACUGAUCUAUAGAAUUUGUCUUUGUGUCUUAUUGUUACAGUUGGCCAAAUGUAUUUAAACUGUUUUCUAGCUAUUGUAGGGUAAAUAACAUUUUUCGUCGUUAAAAAAACUUUUAAUAUAUUAUGCAACAUGUAAAAUUCAAUUUGUUAUCAAAAAAAUUAUAAUGCUAUUUGAGAUGUACUUAUGUUUGGAUUUUCAAUGUCUUUAAAGUUUGAAAUGAAGUUCCUUAUUAACCUAUUGAUUACCGCGGUAACUUUUAAAAUAAUGAGGCGGACGCUGUACUGAGUUUUUUUAUUACAUUAUCGAGAUGCAGGAGAUGUUAAUGGUCGUUUUCUCGCAAAUGACGCAAAAAUCUUCUGUCAUCUAAAUUAUUUGUUUAUUUGGGUCCAAGUUUUUCUUGUUUGAUGCUAACCCUCCCUGAGAAUGUAUUUGUCGUUUAUUAUCACUUUUUUUUUAAUGUCGUCUCAAGGAAUGAAAUUAUUCGAAUGGAAUUUUGAUCACGUUUGUAUUUAUUUUUUUAUUUGAAAUCUAGUGAAGUCAUGUUAACGAUGUUAAAAAGAUAUGUUUAGUUGUUAAAAGAAAUUAUUUUCGAAAUUUAUUUUAAAUUCUAAUAAUUGCGUCCAGUGAUUUGUAUUAUUGUGGCCCUUAGAACAGAGAGCAAUGUUUUUGUGCAAAUAAUUUAAAAUAUGCAUUGUUUUUUAUACUUUAUUAAAUAUUACGAAAUUUAUUAUUUUUAUUGAUUCGUAAGUUUAAUUAUAAUAUAAAUGAUAAAACUAGAAUUUGGAAAUCGACAACACGACAGCCCUUCCAAAUCUAAUACUCGAAAAUAUUUUUUUUUAAUAUUUUUUGUAAUAAUCCUUAAUUGUGAAAGCUUAGUGCAAUUUUAAGUUGGCUCUCUGUUCUAAGGUUUUGUUAAAAUUCCAAAUCUAAAAUGUUAAUGAUGUAAACGAGACUGAAUUGAAAAAUGUUUGUUGAAUUGUAUCGAAUAAACGAUUUGGUGUUGCCUUACACAUUGUUAUAAAUAAACCUAUAUUAUAUAGAUAUUAUAAUAUUUAUUAUACGAAUAUUAUAUGCUUGAAUAUGAAUUAUAAUUUAUGUUAUAAAAAAAAAAAAAUCGUUUUGAUAAAUUUAAGUGUUAUACGAUUUAUAUUUAUUUAUCAUAAUUAUUAAUCCAAUUUCUGAAACGCCUGUCAAUGUCAGAUUAACUAAUUGGUUCUGAACGGUCAUUGGUCGGUGGCGAUGAUGCAAUAGUUGACCAAUGGGCGUUCAGUAUUUAGAUCUGUCAUUUAAUUUAACAUUGAUUAUAUACAGGUGGGUUGGUGUACAUGUUACGAAUUUACAAAUAUAUUGGAAAUUUGACAUUGCUCCUUGCUUUUCAGCAGAAUCUCCUCAGUCUGUUAAUCAACAGACAUCUAAUAAGGUUAAAUUUAUUUUCUCAUUAUUUAUAAUAUAUACUUCCAUUGUAAGAAAUUGGGACUUGAAACUUAACAAUUUUGGAAAAAUAUAAAUAGAUUGCAGUCGGAAGUAAUAGCAGAUAAAAGAUAACAAAAUACGGUACUGUCAAUCUUUUAAAAACCAGUUUUUAACACAAUGUAUUACCGAUGGUUUUUACGAAGACUUAUAUCUUUAAUGUUUACGAAUGGUAGAUUCUUGUUGAAUAUGUUCUUAGAUUUCCUUAUUAUGCGUGUGCUGAACACAAAAAAUCGUAAGUUACGUAACGAACCAAUUAUAAACACAAAUAUGGUUUUGCACAUUUUGACACGUUACUGUUUUGGCCCCUGUAAUCGUAUGAAAGGAAUUUAAA